GGGAACAGCCACAUAUUCAACUUGGGAUUUUCCUGAGUAAACCAGAGCCUAGAGUCUUUUGGACAAUGCUGGAUUUAAUACGUAUAUAUUUUUGAAGGAUUUGUGGGGUGUUUUUUUAACCUUUGAUUUUUGAUCUUUUCUGUGACAGCCCCUCACCUGUACAUUAUUCAUCUUUUUAUUUUUGUAUUAUUAUUUUCCCUCCCCGCCUUGUUCCUUGGCCUGAGAACUUGGACGCUGCAAGUGCGCGGGGCGAUGUACCAGAGCCUGGCCAUGGCGGCCAACCACGGCCCCCCUCCCGGACCCUACGAGGCGGGCGGCCCGGGUGCCUUCAUGCACGGCGCGGGCGCCGCGUCCUCGCCCGUCUACGUGCCCACGCCGCGGGUACCCUCCUCCGUGCUCGGCCUGUCCUACCUCCAGGGUGGAGGCGGAGCCGCCGCCUCCGGGGCCGCCUCGGGAGGCAGCUCAGGAGCCGCGCCGUCGGGCGCGGGGCCCGGGACCCAGCAGGGCAGCCCGGGCUGGAGCCAGGCGGGAGCCGAGGGAGCCGCCUACACCCCGCCGCCCGUGUCGCCGCGCUUCUCCUUCCCGGGCACCACCGGGUCCUUGGCCGCUGCCGCCGCCGCCGCCGCGGCCCGGGAAGCCGCGGCCUACAGCAGCGGCGGCGGGGCGGCGGGCGCGGGCCUGGCGGGCCGCGAGCAGUACGGGCGAGCCGGCUUCGCGGGCUCCUACUCCAGCCCCUACCCCGCCUACAUGGCCGACGUGGGUGCGUCCUGGGCCGCGGCCGCCGCCGCUUCCGCCGGUCCCUUCGACAGCCCGGUCCUGCACAGUCUGCCCGGCCGGGCCAACCCCGCUGCCCGACACCCCAAUCUCGAUAUGUUUGACGACUUCUCGGAAGGCAGAGAGUGUGUCAACUGCGGGGCCAUGUCCACCCCGCUGUGGCGGCGGGACGGGACAGGACACUACCUGUGCAACGCCUGCGGCCUCUACCACAAGAUGAACGGCAUCAACCGGCCCCUCAUCAAGCCCCAGCGCCGCCUGUCCGCCUCCCGCCGAGUGGGCCUCUCCUGUGCUAACUGCCAGACCACCACUACCACGCUGUGGCGCCGCAACGCCGAGGGCGAGCCGGUGUGCAAUGCCUGCGGUCUCUACAUGAAGCUCCACGGCGUCCCCAGGCCUCUUGCAAUGCGGAAAGAGGGGAUUCAAACCAGAAAACGGAAGCCCAAGAACCUUAACAAAUCGAAGACACCAGCAGGUCCCUCAGGCAGUGAGAGCCUCCCUUCCACCACCAGCGCUUCCAGCAACUCCAGCAGCGUGGCCACCAGCAGCAGUGAAGAGAUGCGUCCCAUCAAGACGGAGCCCGGGCUGUCAUCCCACUAUGGGCACGGCAGCUCCCUGUCACAGACAUUCUCAGUCAGCGCCAUGUCUGGCCAUGGGUCCUCCAUCCACCCGGUCCUCUCAGCCCUGAAGCUCUCCCCGCAAGGCUACGCGUCUUCUGUCAGCCAGUCACCUCAGGCUAGCUCCAAGCAGGACCCUUGGAACAGCCUGGCCUUGGCUGACAGUCAUGGGGACAUAAUCACCGCGUAAUGUCACCUCCUUCCCUCCUCGGAUUCCUGCACAGACUUGGGACUCGGAGGACAGCAGAGAUGAGGCUCUGGGCUCCCGGGGGCCUGCUCUGUCUGGGAAUGACUCCAGACAACAACUGGGAAGAAACUUGAAGUCAAUGAUUUGGUUAGCGGAGCCGGUGCUGGAUUUUAUCGGAUACCUUUUCAGGGUGGGGGACUGGAGAGCGCCCCCUUCACUAGGAGCACACUUAAGCCCCUUCCACGGAGUUGCAGACUUUUUCUCGUUUUCUGCCCCACCACCCCUGACAAGAGACGAGAUGGCCUUCUCCCCUGUCUUUCUACCACUCUGGGGCCCGGGAUGGUGGUUUUUCCGUGGUGUUCCCGGCACCGGGGAUCCAAGGGCGGGUGGAGCAGGGCAGGGU